AACGACUUCUUCGAUGGAUAUAAGGAAGCGGAAGAACGCCGGCGGCGAUGGCGACGGUGGCGCCGAUGGCGCGUCAGUUAAUGUCGGAGAUGAACCUGAUUCGUUUGGUGGUCGAAUAGGAUCUCCGAGGAGGAUAUUCUUGUUCUGCUUGGCGUUUCGUGUGGUAAAUGCAUUGUUGAUUCAGACUUAUUUCAAUCCUGACGAACAUUGGCAAUCACUUGAAGUAGCUCACCGCACCAUAUUUGGGUAUGGUUAUAUGACAUGGGAGUGGAAAAGAGGAAUACGAAGCUAUUUGCAUCCAAUGUUGUUCGCAUUCUUGUAUAAACUUCUACAAGUUACUGGCCUUGAUACUCCCUACAUAAUGAUCAAAGCCCCACGUCUUAUGCAAUCCAUAUUUUCAGCUAUUGGUGAUCUCUAUUUGUAUAAACUCUCUGAUGCUUUAUAUGGAGGAAAUGUUGCAACUUGGUCUGUAUCCUUUCUAUGCAGCAUACUAAGUUAAUUGCUUUACAUUUUUGAAUGAUAUGGCUAUGAAUUUAACCAAGAUUAAACCUUGGUUAAUAAAAAACAAACAUUAUCUACAAUAAUGGAGCCAACCCAUCAUUACACUACAUUUGAUGGUUCCCUACGCAAUGAUAGGUCGAUGUAACGGGAAGGGUGUUAGAUUAGAUAUCCUGAGCUUCAAUGAAAUACUUAGAUAAGUCUGUUAGUGGUUUCCUCUUAAUCUUUCUUGGUUUGUAUUUGCAUUUUAUUCUGGAUUGCUUCCUUAACUUUUUUAGUAGCUCUUUUGUCAAAUGGCAAACUGGUUCAUCUUCUUCUGUUUGAACCGUACCUUUUCAAACUGUUUGGAGACUGUUCUUACCAUCAUGGGGCUGUACUACUGGCCUUGUAUUAGAGAUUCUUCAAUAGACUAUCCCGUGAAUCGGAAGUGGGGUUUGGUCAUAGCGGCCCUAGCAUGUGCCAUAAGGCCAACUAGUGCAGUCAUAUGGUUAUACGUUGGGAUGCUCGAGCUAUUUUUGACACCUAAUAAGGUCAAAUUCAUCAUUCUAGAGGUGAUCCCGAUUGGAUCUUUGGUCCUCGGUUUCACCUGUUUGUUGGACCGUCUGAUGUACGGCUCGUGGGUCAUUGUGCCUCUCAAUUUUCUGAAGUUUAAUUUCCUUUCGUCUGGUGGAGACUAUUACGGAACUCACCCAUGGCACUGGUACUUCACCCAGGGAUUUCUUGUCAUGCUUUUCACUUUCACACCAUUCUCCAUUGCUGGAAUUAUCAAGUCUAAGAAUCAGAAGCUUUCAGCUCUUAUUCUAUGGGUCUUAGCAAUAUACAGCAUACUCGGCCAUAAGGAAUUCAGGUUUGUCCUGCCUGUGCUACCCAUAGCUUUGAUAUUCUCUGGGUAUGCAUUUGCUCAAAUGGAAGUAUCUGGUUCAUCAUCAUCAUCAUCAGUCACUAAAAAGAAGCAAGUCCCUCGACAGAACCAUACCAAGUGGUCUCCCAAACUAAGACUUUCAGUCUAUUUUUUGCUUGCUACCAAUAUUCCAAUGGCACUAUACAUGAGUUUAUUCCACCAGAGAGGAACUGAGGAUGCGAUGAAUUACUUAUCGGAUGAAGCAUACAAAGGCAGAGUAAAGAGCAUUCUCUUUCUCAUGCCGUGCCAUUCUACUCCCUAUUAUUCCACUCUCCAUCGUAACAUUCCAAUGCAAUUUCUCGACUGCACUCCAAGUGCAGAGAAGGGAGAACUUGAUGAGUCGGAUCAGUUCUUAGUAAACCCUUUAGGUUUUGCAUCAGAGUUAGCUAGAAACUGGUCAGAGCCGCCUAGUCAUAUUGUAUUGUUUGCAUCAGAAGAAACAAAACUCAGAGAUUUCAUGAUCCAACAUUCCUUUAAAGAGGUAAGGAGGUUUUUCCACGCGCAUUUCAAGGUAGAUCGAGAUCUUCAAUCCUCAGUGGUCGUCUAUGUUGUAAACCACGCAUUCCCAUAAGAGUACGCAACCUCAAGGUUUUUAUAAUCAUUAGAACCUCUCUGAACUCCUCUGUCUCACAAUCAAACAGUAUUUUGUACCUUAAGAGCCUAAUCUUGGUAUCUGUUUUAGUUCCAGUAUGUCCCGGUUAACAAUGAGUAUAGAUAGAACAGAGAUGUAAUUUGAGACUAGUUAAUUUCUAUGACGACAGAGAGUCUUAAUC